AUGCUUGACGUGGACGAACGCCAAGGUGGGAUCGACCAAGUGUCGUUACUUUGUCAAGCAAAGAUCCGCCAAAAAGCAAAGAAGGAAGAAAGAAAAAACUCGGCAUCCCCCCAAAAGUUAACCGUAGCCAUCCAGUCAAAUCUCAGGCCGUCCAUCCAUCUCGACUCGGACGACUCCAACAGGGCGGGUUCAACACCCCAACGGCGAACCCUCAUCUUUCCGCUUGAUGGACUCGAAGAAAUUCCCUCAAAAGAUGCCAUCUUUCGUGACAUCCCGAUGCUAGGUCGGACCCGGGAAUCUGACUCUCUCACGACAUGUCAGCCAUCGGUCGCCCCGAAAGACAAAGAUAAGAUGGCAUUUGACUAG